GGGACCUUUGCUUUGCCCCCCCAGGAGGAGGAGAGCUCUGGGGAGAUGGGUCCCAGGUGGGUGCGAGGGGCUGGGCGUGGGGCUGCUGGGACCACCCGGCCUCCCAUUGGGAGCCCUGUGGCCCCCCCCACCUUGGCCCAGGUGUAAAAGCCAUCAGUGGGGGCUGCCCCUCCUCCUCCUCCUCCUCCUCCUCUCACCACGAUGAAGGCUCUCAGGAGAAGGUGGUUUGUGCUCUUCUUCCUCGCAGCCACAGCCUGGGCACGGGACGCCCUGGUCUCGGUGACAUGUGGCCGCGCGUGGCUUGCGGUGGCGGUGCCGGCUGGCCUCCUGGGGAGCCGCGUGGCUGCCGGGGAGCUGACGCUGGGGUCCGGCUGCGGGGUGACCGUCGUCGACGGGGACGGCUACCGGCUGGAACACCCCCUCGGGGGCUGCGGGACCACCCUGGAGCUCCUCCGGGACAGCAUCCGCUACAGCAACGUCCUCCAUUAUCGCCCCUCGGCCGGGGGCCCCGUGGCUCGUGCCAGACCCUUCUCCCUCCCCGUGGACUGUUACUACCCCAGGACGGGCAGCGUUUCCUCCAUGGCCAUCCAGCCCACCUGGGUCCCCUUUAGCUUCACCGUCGCCCACCGGAGACGCUUGCGCUUCGCCCUGGAUGCGUACGACAGUUCCUGGUCCUCCCGCCUGCUCCAGCCCAGCUAUUCCCUGGGGGAGCUGAUCAACAUCCAGGCGUCAGUGAGCGCGGACCCCCCCCUGCCCCUCAGGCUCUUCGUGGACCGGUGCGUGGCCACCCCCAGCGCAGCGGCGGCCGCCGGGCUGAGACACGAGGUCAUCGCUGACAACGGGUGCCUCCUGGAUGGGCAACUGGGUCGUUCCCGCUUCCUCCCCGGGCACGGAGACGGCUUCCUCCGCUUCCAGCUGGACACCUUCCUCUUCCCCAACGCCUCCGGCAGCCAGAUCGACCUCCGCUGUCACCUCAAGGCUGUGGCAGAGGGGGCUGCCAGCACCGCCGGCAAAGCCUGUUCCUACGACCGCCUGGCGGCCGCCUGGUGGUCCCCAAAUGGGGACGACUGCUCGUGCUGUGGCUCUCCGGCCGGCUGCGGGGGCCGGCGGCGGCGCCGGCUGGCCGGCGGCGAAGGGCUUCUGGGGGAAGCCAGCGUCCGUCUGGGUCCCCUGGGGCUGCUCUCGGCGCUCCCCACAUCAUCCCCGGACCCCACGGCGCUCCCCACAUCGUCCCCGGACCCCACGGCGCCGAAGCCCAGCACAGCCCCGUCUCGCCGCCCCUCCGUCCCCGUGGUGCGGGGGGAGAAGAGGGACUCGGGUGAGUGCCAGCUGCCCCCCGCAGUGCUGGGGGGGGGUGGGUAG